GAUGGCCGCGUCCAUAUCAAUGAGGUCUACAAUGAAAUUGAACAAAAAGUUGUCGUGGAGUCAUUUAAAGUUGAUUCUCAAUUAUCAGAGAAUUCAGAUACAGUUGUGUAGUACUAAGAAUGUGUAUCAUGGCAAAGACUCAGAUUAUUUUGGAACAGCUCAAAAGUUUCCAGAAUUUCAUCCUGAAGAUAGACGAAUAUGUUUUACACCAGAGGAACAACUCAUGAAGAUAACAAUGCCACCAAAUCAACCGGAUAAUUCUAAAAUUCUGCGGAUGGCAAUUAUUGGUGAUCCCAAUGUAGGAAAGUCAACUCUUAUUAACAGAUUGUUACAACAUAAGAUCCUUCCAGUAUCUACAAAGAUCAAUACAACAAGAAAAAACACCCUUCUAGUCUUGACAAAAGAUGAAUACCAGAUAAUAUUUGUAGAUACCCCAGGAGUUUUAAACCCUAAAACAAAAGCAAGACAUCGUGUCCCAUCAUCCCUUGUAGUGGAUCCAGAUAAAGCUGCUGAUAAUGUUGACUUGUUGGGAGUUGUGGUGGAUGUCAAGGACAAGUUUCGUAGAAAUACACUGAGUAAAACCGUGAUGAAAAUACUUCAUCUCCAUAGAAACACACCAACAGUACUGAUUUUAAACAAGGUCGAUGCUGUAGUGAACAAGAAAGGUCUCCUGAAUACAAUCAUCUCCUUAACAAACAAAGAGUUAAAUGAAAAGAAAAUACCUUUAUGGAUGGACAAGAGAACACACAAACUGACAAGGAGAGAACAACAGGAAGACUUCAUUGACUCAGUGAUAGAAAAAUACAAAGCCUCGAAAACAAGCAGUGGACAGUCUUCCAGCAAAUCUGAGGAAACUUGUGCAGAGGACACUAGUGAGGAGCAGGAUGAGGAGCAAGAUGUGUCCUCAGAUGAGGAUCUGGAUUUCAGAAAGUACAUAGCAAGAUUAAAUACUUGUCCAGAGACUGCUGUGCAGAAAACUGGCUGGUCAAAUUUCAAGGAAGUUUUCAUGGUUUCUGCUCUAAAGGAUGAUGGUGUUGAUGAUUUGAGGGACUAUAUGUUUUUUUGUGCCAAGCCAGGAAAUUGGCAGUACCACAGUUCAGUUUUAACAGAUGAAUCACCUUAUAAACUGGCAGAAAACAUCGUCUGGGAGAAAAUGAUGGACUUUGUCAAAUUUCCUGUUUAUGAAUUACACCCUCAAAUUAAGCUGUGGAGGUGGGACUGGGAAACAGACAGGUUAGAUGUCAUCAUGAACAUUGAGUGUGGGAACAAGUUUCUUGUGGCAACAGUUGCAAAGGAAAUUCCAAUCAUUGUAGAAAAAGCAGUAGAAGAGCUGAGAAAUCUGUUUAAGUGUCUUGUUAGGUUAGAAUUAAUGGUGCUGCUUAAAAAAUAAAUUCAAUUCAAAACUAA